AUAGCUUCUCUACCAAAUAAGAUGCAGCAGAAACCAACUUCCUCCACUACAAAAUCACACUUCACCGCGUAGCCCAAAGAGAAAGCGCUCCAACACUCGACUGAAUUCACCAACACAGAGUUUCAGCGAGAGAUUCAUUGUAACGUAGAACAAAAUGUCGUGGCAGACUUACGUAGACGAGCACCUGAUGUGCGACAUCGACGGCCAAGGCCAGCAUCUCACUGCCUCUGCCAUUGUUGGCCAUGACGGUAGCGUCUGGGCUCAGAGUUCCUCUUUCCCUCAGUUCAAGCCCCAGGAGGUCACUGACAUCAUGAAAGAUUUUGAUGAGCCUGGCCACCUUGCCCCAACAGGUCUACACCUCGGGGGCACAAAGUACAUGGUUAUCCAGGGAGAGGCUGGAGCUGUUAUCCGUGGAAAGAAGGGAUCAGGGGGUAUCACCAUAAAGAAGACUGGUCAAGCUCUUGUUUUUGGCAUCUAUGAGGAACCUGUGACUCCAGGGCAGUGCAACAUGGUUGUGGAGAGGCUGGGUGAUUACCUCGUUGAUCAGGGGCUGUAGGCCUAGUCAGUCUAUCGCAAUUUAUUACAUUUAUUUUGUGGGGUUACAAGCACUGUUUUGUUUCAUUUUCUUCUGUUUUUGAUCUCUGGUUCCAAGUUCGCAUCAUCUUCUGUUGAAAGCCUUGAAUUGGCAAUGAAGAUGUUGCAGACAAUAACCAUGUGAGAACUAAAUUGUUGUUUGGUAUUGCCUGUUUUGAGUUGAAUUACUUUGAUAAAUAUUGAUUUAAUGUGUAACCUGCAAUUUUUAUCCAAAUCACAUCUUUCUCCUGUUGCAAUUUUUAUCAAAA